UCCCGCUCUGCCAGAAGUCUGGGUUGAAUUCAAGAUGGCGGCGCGUGGUGUGUUGAGAUGUGCAAAUUUGAUGAAAAUCGGGGUAUCUUUAACUAGAAAUGCAGCUAGGAAAUGUACCGUUGAAGGACUUAGCACGAGUACUAAGAGAAUCCAGUCUUUGAGGUCAAGUCUUUUGGUCAAUAGCAGCUUUGCCAAAAACAGUUAUCGGAACUUUGCAGUAGUUGCACCAGCUCAAAGCAUUAUCGGCGACCCUCUUGGCCUCGUAGGAAAUGUUGAUGUCCGGAGCCAAGACUCCUCAUCCCUCACAGAAGGAGCCUCAGAAGAGGAUGACGAGCAAAAUUGUAUAUCCUCCCAUACAGUGACUACCACCAAAAACUCGGAUAUAAUUUCCAAAGUUGAGGAUGAAAUGGCCAGAGGUCAAAAUUCAGGAAAAGUAUUUGCUGUUGUUCAUAUAGGUGGACGGCAGUUCAAGAUUACCGUUAAUGACACUAUCACAAUCAACCGCAUAGACGCAGAGAUGGGCAACAAAAUAAGACUGGAAAAGGUUCUACUUGUAGGUGGAGAGAACUUUACUGUGAUUGGACGCCCCCUUUUGGAAAGGGAUCUUGUGACCAUUUUUGCUACUGUUAUCGAGAAAACCAAGACAGCCAAGGUGAUUGUCUUCAAGAAAAAACGAAGAAAAGGUUACAAGAGAACAAGAGGUCAUAGACAAGACAUCACCGUCCUGAGGAUAAACUCCAUAUUGCUCAACCCCUCUCACCUCUCUACAGCAGCUGUCUGACAGAUGUGUUGUCUGACAAAGCAGGACUGGGCUCCACUUCCUGUACGUUUCAAGCCACCACGUGCCUUGUAAAUGUCUACUGCUUAUAACUUUAGAAAUAGCGCUCAAUUGGUUUCGUGUAGUAAAAGUUGACUCGAUGUGGAUUUUCCGGUGCACAAAAUAAAACAAAUAUGGUAUUUGAUUCAGCAAGUCAACAGCUCGACGUUUGAAUUGUUGUCGUGGUUUAGUGCAGCCACACUUCUUUUAUUUUUUUUACAGCAGACUUUUGUGGAAGUGCCUUGUACCUAACUUAACCGUAAGGUUUUCUUUAAAAGAAAGUAUAAAACAUUGUUUGGAAGCAGUUUUUUUCCAUAUUUCUUUUGAAAAGGAAAUAUGGGAAAAAUUGCUUUCAAACAAUGUUUCAUACUUCAUUUAUAAAAUUAAAUCGAAGAUAACGAAUUAGCUUCCCCAAGUCAGCUGAUGGAUAUGGAUGCUUUCUCACACUUGGUAUUUUGCUAGAGUGACAAAAUAGUGGCUGAUAGUACCGAUAAGUGUUGGCAUCAGAUUAUGGGGUUGUGUCUGUCUUGAACUGAGUUGUAUAAAUGAAGAUAAGGCAACUAUGUUUUAAUAAAGUUAAAGUAAUAAUCA